UAAAAAAAAAGUGGGAGAAAGAUUAAGCAAGACAUAAAAAUAAAAGACUGAUUGUGUUUCUGAUAACAGAGUGUGACAUGUGGGGCGUCACUUGCAUGUUAAAACAGAAACCAAAUGCGACUCACAUUCCUGUCUACGCACUGAAGUUGUCAAGAGUUUUUAUUUUUUACUGGCAGCUUUUACUGGGAGGUGUUUGUUCUGCCACUAAACCAGCGAGCAGCGAUGAGAAGAGCUGCUAGACGAUAAGAAAACAUGGGAAAGCUUCUUUUACUCCUCGUUUUUGUUCCCUGCUGUCUGUGUGAGACCCUUCAAAAUAAAGAGGGAAGUGGAGACGAAGAGCAGCUGAAUGUCGUUAAUCCCAGAACUUUCCUUGGGAAUCUGUUCACUGAGUCCUCUGCUGUCCUAAAUGGGACCCCAGCUCCCAGUGUCCCCCCAGCUCUGAAGCCCCCUAACAACAGCACCUCCGAGUACCUGCGCGGCGCUCUGAGCACGCGGGUCAUCCCGGUCGUCUACCUGCUGCUGGUUGCCGUGGGGAUCCCGGCCAACGUGGCCAUCUUGUGCACGCUGGCCACUAAAGUCAGAAAAGUGUCCUCGGCCAUCCUCUACUGCAGCCUGGCCGUCUCCGACCUCUUCCUCCUGCUCUCCCUCCUCUUCAAGGCUCACUACCAUCUCCAUGGCAACCACUGGGCGCUCGGGGAGGCCGCCUGCCGGGUGGUCACCGCCUGUUUCUAUGGCAACCUCUACUGCUCGGCCCAGACGCUGGCGUGCAUCAGCAUCAAGCGGUACCUCGCCAUCGUGCACCCGUUCAGGUACAAAAGCCUCCCCAAGAGGGCGCUGACGGCGUGGGUCAGCGUGGCGCUGUGGGGCGUGUUUACUGCCGCCAUGGUCCCCGUACUCCUGGUCCGGCAGAGCUACCGGGUCCCUGACGGCGCCACGGAGCGCAUCACCUGCCACGACGUCCUGCCGCUGAACCAGGACUCCCACGUCUUCCUGCUCUACUACAACCUGUUUCUAACCGUCUUCGGCCUGCUGCUGCCGCUCGCCGUCACCGCCGUCUGCUACGCCCGAAUCGUCUCCGAGCUGAACCGAACGCACCACGACUGGGCGCUCUACAUCAGGGCCAGCUCCCUCGUCUUCCUCAUCUUCCUGCUGUGCUUCACCCCCGCCGGACUGCUGCACUUCCUCCACUAUGUGCAGCUUUUUGCGAGCGGAACGGACGGUUUGUACGUGCACUUUAAGGCGGCGGUGUGUCUGUGCUGCCUCCACGCCUGCCUGGACCCGUUCCUCUUCGUCCUCAUGUCCAGGUCCACCGGCUCCAGUCUGAGAUUCAGACCCUUUAAAGGAACUCUGAGCUUAUCAGUCUAACAGACACAUGCAUUCAUUCACAAAAAACUGUCUUUGAUGGCGGACCCGACUUUCUCUGUGGCUGGAAUCAUAAGAGAAAGAAACAUGUCAUAGCUCUGAAAAGCACUGAAUGAUUUGCUGAACAAAUCUUUUGUACUUAUCUUUUUGGACUUUGACUUUGACCGGUAUUUGUGUCCCUUGUGAAACCAAGAGUCAAUGAUGUGAGAGUCACUAGUUAAAACUGACCCUCAAAAGUCCCAAAGCACACAUAAAGGGUACCAGAUCCCGAGUGAGUGGCAUUAAAAUGCAUUGGUUCUCUGCAAGUACAAUGAUUACUUUUAUAUAGCAGUACAGUGUUCUUGU